UCCAGCAGUACAUGCCUAGCCGGAUCCCACCGUGCCGGGAAUAAUCGGGAAAUAAGUGAAACGAUAUCGAAUCUGCACGUCGAGUUCACCGAUUUAACAAUUCGCCGAAGGAAACAAGAGAUAGGGAGAAAGAGAGAGGGCCUGCGUCUUUGAUAAGGCGAAAAGGGAGCCGCGGACAUCCGAGCGAGCGCAUUUCUGAUUACGUUAUCUGCCUUACCAGAAUGAGGGUGUCGACAAUUAUUGCGUGAAAAGUCGCGUAAUAAUUGAUGGGGUGAAGAUAACAAACGGUAGAAACGAGAGAGCAAGAACGUUUUCCGCGAACACUAAAAUCGCGAAAGUGAGAUAAAGAAAAACUGUCUCGAUGGUUCUUCGUGGCUUGUUGGCCCCUGCGGCAGCUCGUUGGAGGAGAAAUAAAACCGCGAAAAGAAGCCAGAACGUCGCUUGGGAUAACGUAAACGCGCCUGUCGGCCAAUUGGGAUUGUCACGUUAUGGACCGCAGGUGAUGAGCGUGCUGUGUUUAUGCACCUCCAGCAUCCAUCAGUCCACCCGUAACGUCACGCAGGCCGGCAAGAUACUUCCGAGUCCGCCGUCAGACACCCUUUGCGAGCAGCGAACAACGCCCUCGCAGGAAAUACCCACUGACGAGCUGGCUCUAUUAGCUAAGCUGGAGGAAGCCAAUAGGCUGAUCGAGUCCGAUGCAAAGUCACUGAAUUCUCUCCAGAGCAAUCACAGCAGAAAGGGCUCCGAUACAUCCCAGGUGUCUGUGGCGUCGGGGGGCAGCGGAGGUAACGGCGAUGCUGCGCCCCGACGCCACAACCCAGCCGACGGUGAAGAGAAUACGUGGACUCUCUGGGGUCACAUAGUGGCUGACUGGGAUUAUCAUUGGAAGAAACGGAAAGAAUUUGUUAAGGAAUUGGUCCGUCAAGGAAUACCUCACCAUUUCAGGGGCAUUGUUUGGCAGUUAUUAAGCGGUGCCCAUGACUCUCCAGUUAAAAAGCAAUUCGCCGAGUACAUAAAAGCAACAUCAGCCUGUGAAAGGAUAAUUAGAAGGGAUAUCGCUAGGACGUAUCCCGAACAUGACUUUUUCAAAGAAAAGGAUGGUUUCGGUCAGGAGAGUUUGUUUAACGUUAUGAAAGCGUACAGCCUACAUGAUCGCGAAGUAGGAUACUGCCAAGGUUCAGGAUUCAUAGUAGGAUUACUUUUAAUGCAGCAAAUGCCAGAAGAGGAAGCAUUCGCUGUACUCGUAGCGCUAAUGCAAGAGUAUCGGUUGCGGGACAUGUUCAAACCAAGUAUGGCCGAAUUAGGGGUGUGCAUGUAUCAAUUGGAACAUUUAGUUGCCGAUGCACAUCCCGAACUUCAUGCUCACUUCACGGCCCAAGGCUUCCAUACGUCGAUGUAUGCAUCUUCUUGGUUUCUUACGCUAUUUACCACAGCGCUAAGCCUUCCCCUAGCGUGCCGCAUUUUUGACGUUUUUCUAUCGGAGGGGAUGGAGAUUAUCUUUAAGGUUGCGUUGGCGAUGCUGCAGUUAGGCAAGGAAGAUUUGCUCAGUUUGGAUAUGGAGGGCAUGUUAAAGUUUUUCCAAAAGCAAUUGCCUGGGAAGGCUGAAAAAGAUCCCGAUGGCCUCAUGACGCUCGCAUACGGAAUGAAGAUCAAUCCGAAAAGAAUGAAAAAAUUAGAGAAAGAUUACACCAUCUUGAAAAUGAAGGAGCAAGAGGAGAUGGUCGAGUUACGCAGGCUCAGAGCGGAAAACAGAUUGCUCAGACAAAGAACUGAACUUCUGGAAGCGGAAUCCGCCGAACUGGCGGACAGAUUGGUUAGAGGUCAAGUGUCGCGUGCCGAAGAGGAGGAGACCGCUUUCAUAGCUCAGAGGGAAUUAGCGGCGCUUCGGCAUUCGCAUCUCGAGACCAGCCAUCAACUCGAGCAAGCUCAUGAGGAAUUGAGAUCGUUAUCGAUCCUUCUCGAGGAGAACGUGACGUCUAGACAGUCGUCACUUGACGAGAUACUGGUGAAGCAGGAAGCACUGUCGCAGAAGGAGGAGAUGAUACAGUGUCUGCAAGAGGAAUUGGUUAGAGUUAGAUUACACGAAGCAGAGAACGACGCACUAAUUAGAGAACUCCGAGGGAGGAUACAGGAAUUAGAGCAAGAUAAGAAGACUCUGCGCGAAUCGACGCCAGACAAUUCCGUUGCUCAUUUGCAAGAGGAACUUAUUGCGGUUAAGCUUAGAGAGGCAGAAGCCAAUUUAUCUUUAAAGGAUUUGCGACAGAGGGUCAUGGAGCUAAGUGCAGCUUGGCAGAGGCAUCUACAGGAGCACCGGUCCGCUCAGUCAACGCCUGCCGCUGACUCUACGCCAAAGAAGCUGCUCUUCUGGGAGAAUCGGGGCCACGAGGUGCAGAAGUUCGAGGAAGAUUUAAUGACGACCAGAAUUCGAGAGAUGGAAGCGCUGACUGAAGUCAAAGAGUUACGACUUAAAGUCAUGGAGCUUGAAACUCAGGUGCAGGUGGCAACCAAUCAGCUCCGUAGACAGGAUGAAGGCGGGAAAGUACUUAAGGACGAGCUGGAAACUGCGUUAGCGCGGGAGAAGGAUCUCGCUGCCAAGCUCAGAGAACAGCAGCACAAGUAUUCCGAUCUGGAAUCGAAGAUGAAGGACGAGGCUAUGAUGGCCAGGAUACGCGACGCCGAGCACGCGCAGCAGGUGGCGGAACUUACGCAGAAAAUAUCUCUUCUCGAGUUGAAGAAUGAGGAGAUGUAUGCGGAAGGCGAACUUAGGAAUAAUUUAGAUGACAGUGAGAAAGUGAGGGAGCUCCAAGAUAAGGUCGCCGAAUUAAAGGCCGAGGUCAUGAGACUAGAGAGCUGGAAACAACGGUGGACGGGGCUCGGCGGGCAAACCGUGCGAAGCUUCAGCGUCGAUACUGAAAGCGAAUUGGACGAGCGGGAUCUCAGAAUUUGCUUGCAGGAUCAUAUCAACACGACCACGCCAAACUCACCCGAGAUUGUUGAAAUUGAAACCGGACGAGAACAAUCGGAAGUACUUGUAAAAAUUAGCACCCGAGCAUAACUCGUUCCUUUACCGUGACUUGGAUAAUUACCUCCAACGUAAGUAUUCGCGUUUUCUUGGCUACUUUCUUUCGCAGCGAGCGAGUCACCUUAGCCUACUUGCAACAGCGUAUCUUCUCUUCGCUUUGUGGCCUAAAUCGUUACGUCCCAUUCCUUUGUUGCGUCAAAUAACCGGCAUUGUUUUAACCGUGUCGCGGCACGCCGUUAAAUCCGUGUAUUAACGCGGUGCGAACCGCGGAGUCACUUUCCUCCCGAUGUAGGGAGACCCUCUUCGCUUUUCACGCAUGCAUGUGUGCAAAUUAGCAUUGAGCGGACCGUUAAAACGAAGUUACGACGACGGCAAAGGAAGCGCUGUUAUUAGUAUUUUUUUGCAAUUGUGCGCAUUUACGGGCAAUAAUCCUUUUUCAUUUCGCGCGAAAGCGAAAUCGGUGAAUUCUCGAUGCGCGGAUUUAAAGACGCAAAGGAAGCAGGUAUAUACCGAAAUCGAUAUUCAAUUAAGAGGCGAACGAAGGAAACUGUGGGAAACGCGAAUGACAUUGACUGUUCACGACGUGUCGAGCGGUGUAUUUAUUUGUAAGUAGCACGACGGAAGAAUAAAUGUGCAAGACCGAAGAGAAAGAGAGUUUGUAUUUAUAUAUAUACUUUGGCGUUUGUAUUUAUAUACUUCUGAAUUUAGCACACGAAUAUUUACACACAGCGGUUCUUUUCCCGAAAUUCUGUUGCUGCACCGUCAAAAUUGCGCUAUGUAUUAAGAAUCACCUAUGCUGUUACACUGCUGCUAUAGAGAGUCGGCUUUCAAUCACCGCGGAAUUCUUGGCGUCGUAGAAUAACGGCGGUGAAUUACGACGUGCGAAUCGCGUCCUAGUAUCAUAAUAUACCUAUCUGUAGUUUCUGCGUCAUUGAAUCUGUGUAUAUAGACUGUCCUAGACCUGCCGAGCUGUCUUUCAGCCUUCCCCCUCCCCCCUCCCCCCAACCCUGAACGGCCGAGAGUCAUUAAUUAAAUCGGCGACUGUUUCGACGUUAUAGCCUCAAUAUAAUUGUGAAAUUAUCUGAAGAGCGAAAUUGUGUGCGUAUUAAAGGGCGCGCUUAAGCGAAUUAAGCUCCGUAAGCGUUAAUCGAUAAUGAAAUUGUUAUUGUUCGGCAAGCUCGAAGCGAGUAUCUGACAUUAAUUUAUCUUCUUAUCAUUUUGAAGCUUUUACAAUGACUGUGAUACGAUCAGAAACGCCGCGUCGAAACGCCGCGGCGGGCUUCAAUCGUCAAAUUUACGCCAAAAAGAAAAAAAAAAGAACGGUCGUUAUUAGAAUUUAUUGAAAUAUUGCAAACAAGGCAGCAGGGCUCGCUAGGUCGAGAACACCGUGUACACGAUACGAAUUCAUUUCAUUUAAUUGAAUUAUUGAUCGUGCGCGAAUAAAAGAGAGCGAAGUAAUAAAUAAAUCAACAACUACGAUUGCAUUCAACGGUAUCAAUAAAUUAAAUUACACAUUGCA